CUAUACGUAAUAAUACUAUAUAUAUCGUAUAACACUACACCCCCAACCCUACGCACAUAAUUACGGACCAGAAGCUCGGGAAUCCCGCGGCGGCAACGUACCAAGCCCUCAACACAGCUGCGAUCAUACUGGCGGCCAUGCCUUCCGACCGUAAACGAAAACCAGACAUGGACGUCUCCGGUUUCAUCGCCAACCAGGCCGACGCUUCCUUAAUCUUUGCGAAGCACGUCUUCGCUGACCUGGUCAAAGCAGAUUCCAACCUCGUUCUGUCUCCCCUCUGCAUUAACAUCGUCUUGGGUAUGGCCGCCGCCGGCUCAAGAGGCAAAACACGCCGCCGCCUUCUCUCCUUCCUCAAAUCCGACUCCACCGCUGAUUUCAAUGCUUUUGCCUUCCACGUCCUCACCAAUAUUCUUGCUGACGCCAGCCAUCUCGGCGGCCCCAGUCUGUCGGCGGCUAACGGCGUUUGGAUGGAUCAAACCCUUUCGUUUAAGCCCUCCUAUAAAGAUCUCUUGGAAAGGUCUUAUGGUGCUGUUUCUCAAGCAGUUGACUUUCGCUUCAAGACAAGUGAAGCAAUUGAUGCUGUGAACUUGUGGAUCGGAAGGAAAACCGGUGGCCUUGUAAAAAAUUUACUUGAUAAGAGUUCGGUUACCCAUGAAACAAUCAUCAUCCUUGCUAACGCACUUU